AUGCCUGAGGAUGCUCUUUGGUACCCAGCUGCUGCUCAUCCUUCCCCUCCCCGGCUCCAGCCAGAGACUCGGAAAUUCGUAUCGAGCAUUGAAAAACACGGCCACGCCGCCCUGCACGUGAAAGCAGGGUGGGAAACUCCUGCCAGCGAGGAGGAGGAUGGCGACUGGCCCUGCGGCUCGUCCCGUGGGAGGGUGGAUCGUGGUUUGUCGUGGCCCCGUGUGGCCGCCGGCGGCGCAGCCCCCACCACAGACGAAGCGCUGCCGUGGUCCAGGAUGCUGCUGCAGCUCGUCCUCCUCGCCGCCCUCGCCCUCUGCGCUUCCCCCUCCACCCCAAUCCUCUCUCCCACAGGACGCUGCUCCGAGCAGGAUCUCGAUGGGGUGCAACGGGUAGUCGGUGGGACCGAGGCACGCAUGCACGCCUGGCCCUCCCAGAUCUCCCUCCAGUACUACUCCAGCGGCAGCUGGCAUCACACCUGCGGAGGGUCCCUCAUCCAGAGAAACUGGGUGAUGACAGCAGCCCAUUGCGUGGAUAGUAACCGGAACUACCGUGUCGUGGCCGGCGAUCACAACCUCUACAGGAGCGACGGCAGCGAGCAGGUCUUCAGCGUGAGCAAGAUCAUCAUCCAUCCCUACUGGAAUAGCAACAACGUCGCCGGGGGCUACGACAUCGCCCUGAUCCGCCUGUCCAGUUAUGCCACCCUGAACAGCUACGUGCAGCUGGCGGUCCUGCCCCCGGAGGGAUCCAUCCUGCCCAACAACUACCCCUGCUACAUCACGGGCUGGGGUCUCACCCGCACCAACGGGCAGAUCUCCAGCGUCCUGCUGCAGGCGUACCUGCCCGUGGUGGACUACCGGACCUGCUCCAGCUCUUCCUACUGGGGCUCCACCGUCAAGACCACCAUGGUCUGUGCCGGCGGUGACGGUGUACGCUCCGGCUGCCAGGGUGAUUCAGGCGGUCCCCUCCACUGCGAGGUGAAGGGGCAGUACCAGGUCCACGGCGUCGCCAGCUUCGUCUCCAGUCUGGGCUGCAACGUCAAGUACAAACCCACCGUCUUCACCCGCGUCUCUGCCUACGUCUCCUGGAUGAGGAGUGUGAUGGCCCAGAACUGAGGGGUGGCAGGAGAAGAGCCCGGUCCCCACGUUUUGGUCAGAGGGGUUUAAAACCUGUAGCUGGCAUCAAUAAAAUCUGUUCCUCUCUCUGGCAUGUUGGUGGAUGCUUUGCCCCACAGCCCGACAAUCCUUUCUCCUCCAACCUUCAGCAUCUUUUUCUCCUCCCGUCUUCCAGAGCAUCCCUUCGGCCACGUCCCUCCUCUUCCUCGCACCUUAGGAAAGAGCCACGGGGAAAAGCAACUGGCUCCGUGCUUUUGGGGCAGCCAGAAAGUCCCGGGGAUAAUGGGAAAGGGGAAAAUGCCGCAAAUCCCCUUCAUGGGCAGCAACGCAGCUCCUUGGGGACACAGGGGGGAUCCAGGGGGAUCCGGUCGGGAUUUUUCUCUGCCACUAGCUUCAUUUCUCUUCCAAAACCGACCUCCUUUGCAAUGAGAGAUGUCGGCUUCGGUGACUGUUACCGCCUCGCCCCACGGCUGCAUCCCAGAGUGCCACCUGUGCCACAACCCCGCCUGGCCCGGGGAUAAAAUACCAGCACCCAAAAUUGCACCAAAAGCCAAAUUUAAACCCCGAACCAGAGUCUCGCGGAAGAAUUAAGAGGCAGGCACAGGUUCCCCGUCACCCCUUUGGCCC